CCGCAUUUCCUGCUGACAUCACAGGCUAGCCAGUUCCCUCCAGCAGCAGGGAGCUUCAUUUUCUGCUUGGCUUUUGUGCUAAAAUGGAGGCUGAUUCCCUGCCCUAAGUGGACUGCCUUCCCUCAGCCGAGUAUACAUGCUGACAUGCAAUAAAGCAGGAAACAGGAUGGUGGUGGACGCGCCUAAUUCCAACGGGCCUUUUCAGCCGGUGGCCCUGAUGCACUUCAGAGAUGUAUCUCCAGCCGAGCAGGAGAAGCUGUUCAUCCAGAAGUUGCGGCAGUGCUGCGUGCUUUUCGACUUCGUCUCCGACCCCCUAAGUGACCUAAAAUGGAAGGAGGUGAAGCGGGCGGCUCUGAGCGAGAUGGUGGAGUAUAUCACCCACAACCGCAAUGUCAUCACUGAGCCCAUCUACCCAGAGGUGGUUCACAUGUUUGCUGUGAAUAUGUUCAGGACCUUGCCUCCCUCGUCCAACCCCACCGGAGCAGAGUUUGACCCCGAGGAGGACGAGCCCACGCUAGAAGCAGCAUGGCCACAUCUACAGCUUGUCUACGAGUUCUUCCUCAGAUUUUUAGAAUCUCCAGACUUUCAGCCAAAUGUUGCGAAGAAAUACAUCGACCAGAAAUUUGUGAUGCAGCUUCUGGAGCUGUUUGAUAGUGAAGACCCUCGAGAGAGAGACUUCCUGAAAACAACUCUGCAUCGCAUAUAUGGAAAGUUUCUGGGACUGAGGGCGUAUAUUAGGAAGCAAAUCAACAACAUAUUUUACAGGUUCAUAUAUGAAACAGAGCACCACAAUGGAAUAGCUGAACUACUGGAAAUUCUUGGAAGUAUAAUCAAUGGCUUUGCCUUACCGUUAAAAGAAGAGCACAAGAUUUUUCUGCUGAAGGUUUUAUUGCCUUUACACAAGGUCAAGUCACUUAGCGUUUACCACCCACAGUUGGCGUACUGCGUGGUGCAAUUCCUGGAGAAGGACAGCACGCUCACUGAGCCAGUAGUGAUGGCCCUUCUGAAGUACUGGCCAAAGACUCACAGCCCAAAGGAGGUGAUGUUCCUCAACGAGCUUGAGGAGAUUCUGGACGUUAUAGAACCAUCUGAGUUUGUAAAAGUGAUGGAACCUCUGUUCCGACAGCUGGCCAAGUGUGUCUCCAGCCCACACUUUCAGGUGGCAGAAAGAGCUCUGUACUACUGGAACAAUGAGUACAUAAUGAGCCUCAUCAGUGACAACGCUGCCAAAAUCUUACCCAUCAUGUUCCCAGCACUGUACCGCAACUCAAAGACACACUGGAACAAGACCAUCCACGGCUUGAUCUACAAUGCAUUAAAACUUUUUAUGGAGAUGAACCAGAAGCUCUUUGAUGACUGCACACAGCAAUUCAGAGCUGAGAAAAAUAAAGAAAGAGCGAAGUUAAAAGAGCGGGAAGAGGCCUGGAUAAAGAUCGAGAAUCUUGCCAAAUCAAACCCACAGUUCCUUAUGUAUGUUGAUUCGUCUGGCCUAAAUAGCCCUGUAGAAAUGGAGACUGAUGGGCUAUUGAUAGAAGAUAUUCAGAGGUUAAAAAAGACUGUAGAGGAGAGAGCCAUUCAGAUGCAUAGGGAACCGCGUAAGGACCGGCCGCUGGUAAGGCGCAAGUCGGACUUGCCUCAGGACAUGUACACCACGAAAGCCUUGGAGUCGCACCGUCGGGCUGAAGACAUGAUCAACCAUGACGGCCACUAGCUUCAUCUUUCCUCUUCUACAUCCUCUUAGUUCAUUUCUAAACUGAGUUCAUCUGACAAACACAGAGCAUAAAGCCUUACUGACAGCGUGUUCUCUCCGCCCCUCGACCCUCCACUGAAAGCGUGAAUUGCUCAGGUUUUGAUCUGAGAGGUAUGGGUCCGUCACAGAGGUUUCCUGCCUGUCCCUCUCCAUGAUUUUUUUUUUUUUUUCUUUUUUUUUUUCUUUUUUCUUGCUGUACUUUGGUGUUCAAGCCUGUGUGUUGGUCGGUCCAUUCCAUCCUGUCUGUGCCACUUCUGUCUGCAGCUCAUGGCAGAAUUAGAUUUUUAUUUUAAUUUUAUUUUUGGUCAACUGGUACGCCCAGGGGUGAGGAGGGAUGUGUGGAGGGUAGUUUGACACUACCUACCUAAGGGUUUUCCAUUCUAUUGACCAUUGCCAGUGCCAAGAUGAUCACAUAGGAGAGCUUCUUCAUUUACCUUCAUUUAUCUCUGCUGUCUUGAGUGCAUUUUCGUGCCAUAAGAAACUCUUUAUCAUUUAAUUAACCACAGGUGUCUUUUUUUUUUUUAAUAACAGACUUCUUAUUGCAAUUUUAACCACACUGAGUGGUAUAUUAAUGGUUUAAACAAUGGUACCAUUUUAAACAGAUCAUUCUUCUAGAUCAAGAUUCUAGAAACAAAUACAACCCCAUUUCUAAUUUGUUUGGGACAUUGUGUAAAACUUAAAUUAAAACAGAUUACGAUGAUUUGCAAAUGCUUUUUUUUUAAACCUGUUUUUAAUUGAGUACACUGCACAGACAAGAUAAGAUAUUUAAUGUUCAAAUUGGAUAAUUGGAUGAACACAAAUAUUCACUCUUUUUGAAUUUAAUGCCUGCAACACACUUUUUUUAUUUUAUUACUAAUUUUUAUCCCAUUUUCCCCCCAGUUUGCAAGGCCAAUUACCCAACCCACUCAUUAGGACUGCCCUUAUCACUAGUGAUGCCCCCCAACAUCAGAAGAGUGAUACAUGUGAAGUCAGACUCCGCCUCUUUUUGAACUGCUGCUGAUUUAGCAUUGCCGAGUAGCAUCACAGCGCUAACACUCCGAGGAAAACGCAGCGACUCGGUUCUGAUACAUCAGCUCACAGACGCAGCCCUGUGCUGAUCCACAUCACCCUUUGGAGUGAUGUGGGGAAAUUGUCCUCUCUCAGGCCUCUGGCAGCUGAUGGCAAGCUACAUGAACGGGAUUCGAACCGCCGACCUCCCGUUCAUAAUGGCAGCGCAUUAGACUGCUGGGUCACUUGGCGGCCUUCAAACAGGUGUUUUUUGAGCAUUUCUCAAGUUUCCCAGUCUUUUGUUGCCCCUGUCCACACUUCUUUGGAAUGUGUUCAAGGGAUUCAAGGAUUCAAGGAGAUUUUAUUGUCAUUCACAUCACAUGUGGUACAUGAGGCGGAACGAAAUCGUGAUCUCACGGUCCAGUUUACACCCGAGAGCUGUUGUUAAAAUAGAUAAAUAUAGAUAAAAUAAAAGAAAAAGAACACAAUAAAAUAGAAUAGAAUAAAAUAGAUAUCAAGAUAAAUACACAAAAAUAGGGAGAGUAGGCAGGUAGCAGCAACAUGAAGUCCAGAGUGCAAAGUUGCUGUAGCAGCAUGAUGGUGUAAAUGAAGAGCAGUGAUAAGAUAAGUGUCUCAGUGCUGUUGCAACAUCAAAUUCAAAAUGAGUGACUAUUUGCACAAAUCAUUUAAGUUUAUCAGCUUGAACCAGAGACUGUAAAAAAGAUGGACGCCGCGUCGCUGUUCCCAUUCAUUUAAUGAAAAUGAAGCCAAAAUCUUCUGCCAUGUUGGCGAUCCUGAAACCCGAGUCUCUAGAGCGCAGUAGAGACCAGAGGAGGCAGAAAGACUGUGGAGAGAGACAGCCUUCUCAUUUAAAUAACCCCGCCCCUGAGGGCUGCCUCCACAGAGCUCAUACAGUCUAUGGUCCCACCCAUACAGUCAUUGGUCCCACCCUGGCUAGGUGUAACCCAGUCCUUUUACAAUAGCCACACCUUUUAGAAUAGAGCUGAAUAACAUUUUAAAAAACAAAUUAUGUGGGGAUAUAAAAAUUUAACAAUAUCAGCAGAGGUUACACUAGCUGCUACAUUUCAGUAAUGGAGGUAGAAAUACAGUAUAUUGGAAAAAAACAUGACCUACGGGGAUGGGUGCGGUUGCACAGCUUUCUGCAACCAAACAGCAGAGGGCGCCCGACCUGGGGUAGAUUCACCUUUGAGAGACGAUGCCCUGUCCAGAUAUACACAGUCUAUGGUUUGAACAUUUAAAUAUCUUGUCUACUUAGCGUAUUCAAUUAAAUAUAAGUUGAAAAGGGUUUGCAAAUCAUCGUAUUCUGUUUUUAUUUAUGUUUUACACAACACUUCAACUUUUUCAGAAUUAGGGUUUUAAGAGCUAAAACCUUGGAGCUUAACAAACAUGCAUUUUGUAAGAAAAUUGGCUUUAAUUCAAAUGAAAGAAGCAAUUCUGUGGUUUUAGUUUGUGAUUAGUUGACGCAUUUAGCUGUCUGUCUGCCCAGCUGGGAUUUUUUUUUUUCACUUCCAUGGUUUUAUCUAUAUAACAGAGUUGCUUUUUGCUGUACAUUCCUGAAUAUAUAUAUUCUGCACCUUAAUUUUAAAGAGCACAUCCCAAAAUGCCAUGACUUGGUACUUGUCUGUCUUUUACCGAGCUAGCUGGCAGUACCACAAACGAACUGCCAGAGGAAGUGAGUCGAACGGGCAAAGCGCGACUUAAGAAACCAACCUAACCUGGGCCCAAAAGUGUAGUAGCAUUUUAACUGUUACAUAGUGCUUUCUAAGCAACGAUAUUUCUCAUUAUUUUUGUGCUGCAUUUGCAGAGAAUUACAAAACUCGAGAUUUCUUAAAGGCUACUUCAUGGUAAUCAGCUCAAAAAGGCUUGAAAAUGCCAAAUUCUAAUACUGGGGGCCCUAUUUUAGCAAUUUUAGGGCGUCAGUGUGUCUUUGCUAUCAUAACGUCAGGAAAAGUACACUUUGCGCGACUCAACAUGAGCAAAAGGCAUGUGUUAAUUCUCUUGAUUAAUCAUGGGUGUGUUUUGGGCAUAACGUGAUAAUAAUUUCACUUUCCAUUCCCUUUAAGAGCCAGGUACUCUGACAGACUUUGGCGGAUUGGUAUUUUAACGGCGCAGCAGAUCAAACUGACCUGCGUGUUCAUGCUGUAAAGGUGCGUGAGCAGGUCAUUUAAAGGAACAGCAAUGUUAUUUUAUUCUGUAUUAUGUUUAUUGUUAAUGUAAAAGUUGUUAGCUUAGACAAGAUAGAAAUGGACACCUGAAUGUCGACAGCUGUCAGGGUUUAAAUCAGUCAGUGGCGCACCUGUGUUUUCUGCUGCGAAAAGAUACAAACAUGUGGCCAGAAAUGUACUUGACCACUCCUUACUAUUUUAACGGUGUGGGCACAAGGUGUAAAAAUAUACUGUUGAAGGGGUGUAAGAUAGCAAUCAACAUUAUGACACACGCCUUGCGCAGAGUGUACAAUAGGGCCCCUGGUCAUGCAUGUUUUAGUACUUUAAGUAUCUUUUUACAUCUUUAAGUUUAUACGUUCGUAAUGUUUUGCUCUAUGUUCGGAACCAUAAGGACUGUUACCUGCAUCAAUACAUUUAAAACAUAAAACAUACAAAACAUCCGAGUGCCUUUAGGACUGGUGUGAGGAGGAUGUGUGAUUUAUAGAUUUGAAGACAGGGAGUGAUAACUGCAAAUGAAUGAAUGACUGACUGCUGUUGUGCAACUUGGAUGAACAUACUGUUCAUACAUUCUUCUGCAUAUGUUAACAUAUAUAUAACAUAUACUCACGGACAUUCACGGAGAAACACACACCAGGGCGAGGCUGACGCAUUGAUUGUUCCUUUGUUUCGGAUUCUCUUUUAGAGGCGAAUGAAUUCCUGUUGUUUUGUACAUUUUAUUCAGCUACCUAGAAAGCACUUCCUGAAAACUUGAAAGCUGUUUGUGUGUGUGUGUUUGUGUGAGUGUGUGUGUGUGUAUGUAUGUAUAUAGUUAGUUACGAGACAUGUGACCAUAGCAUGCUUAUAAUGCGUAUAUUGGGGCAGUCGUUUUAUUUUCUUAUGUAGAGGUGUCUUUUCUGUACCAUUGUUUAAACUUCUACUCGUCUUUGCUCCAAGCUUUCUAACAAUAAUUACUUGAGCACUGUAGAUAUAAUAAAAUCUAAUCUAAUAUAAUAUAAAAUUGCCCUAAAAACACAACAAACACACAGCAACCAACACACAGUUUUCUGCUGAGGAUUAAAGAUGUCAGUUCAUGUUUUGUUACUCUUGUGCUUUAUUGUGUGUUGAUGUUAAUCCACAAAUAGACUUUAUGUAUGAAAAAGAACAGAUAAUAAUAUUUGUUUUAUUUAUCUCUACUACUCUACCUUCUGUUUACUGUACUAUUACAAUUACAAAACACCUAGCUUUACUUAAGCUUCCCAAAAUAUUAUUAUUAUUUUAACAUGGUAAGUGUCCUUUUCAUAUAUGACCUGUACUGUACUACUUCAUUUAAUAUUGUACAUAUAUUUCCUUAAUUUUAUUUUUCUGUUGUAUUAUAUAUCUAGAUUUAUUUGUAAAAAAAAAGAAAGAAAAAGAAAAGUAGUCAUAUGUACAGAAUAAUAAUAAUUAAAAAAAAGUCUGCAGAACAUUGGAAUGUGGCACAAACUUUAUUCUCUGUUUUUGACUUUCAGCAUCAGGUCAUAUUUUCUAUCUGUUUGUAUCUCCAAAAAGUUUGUUGAACAAUUCUGAUACCUGCAACAAACGUUUAUUUGAUUGCCAUUAAUUGUGAGCCUUUACCCAAUGUAAGUGGUGUACAUCUAUAUAGAAUGAAUAAAGAGUCUAUGGUGAGUUAUAUUUUCAUCUGA